UCCUCAGCUGCCUCCUUCCUCCUCAUGUCGGUCUGAUCAGGACACUUCUUCCUGCAUCUUACAGGUGCAACUUUAUUCUCUGUUGUUGUCAUCAUGGGAUCAUUCAUAGAAACAUUUAAUUUGCACUGGAUUUUACUUUGCACGAGGAUUUUGUGAACAAAGAUCCUCUUCAGUUGGACCAGCUCCCCCCUCCUCCACCAUGAGCCUCACCUACAGCUUGGUGGCGGGGGCGGAGUCGUACAGCGACAGCACCUCCCCGGUGUCUCUGGACUCCAGUGUUUUCUUCAGCGAGACGACGGCGUCCGGCGUCAGAGACCCGCUCGACUUCUUCGUCAUCAACGUCGGGGGAAGUCGCUACGUGCUGUCGCAGGAGCUGCUGACGUCUUACCCGGAGACCCGGCUGGGGAAAUUGGCCCGCUGCGGCCGAGACUUGGCGCUGGAGCUCUGCGACGACGCCGACCUCCUGGAGAACGAGUUCUUCUUUGACCGAAAUUCACAGACCUUCCAAUACGUGAUGAACUACUAUCGGACGGGUCACCUGCACGUGAGCGAGGAGCUGUGUGAGAUCUCCUUCCUGCAGGAGAUCGAGUACUGGGGCAUCGACGAGCUUCGCAUCAACCCCUGCUGCCGCGAGCGUUACUACCGCCGCAAGGACCAGAAGGAAAAUCUCGACGUAGGGCAAGAGUUUGAGCCCGAGGACACCGAUGAGGACUUUGUGGGUGCCGCCUGCCCGGCUCUCCGUCGAUGCCUGUGGGACCUACUGGAGAAACCCGAAUCAUCCCGCGCUGCUCGCACCUUCGGAUCACUCUCAAUCUUCUUCGUGGUGGUGUCAGUCAUCAACAUGGUGCUCAUCUCGCUGGACUUAGAGGAGGACUUUGGCGUGAGCGACGUUGGCAUCGGUGCACCGCUGCUGUUCGAUGCCUUGGAGUACGUGUGUGUGGUGUGGUUCACGGGCGAGCUGGCACUUCGGUUCCUCUGCGUGAGGGAUAAGUGUCGCUUCAGUAAAAGUGUUCCCAACGUGAUCGACCUGCUGGCCAUCCUGCCGUUCUACGUGACGCUGGCGGUGGAGAGCCUCCACGGAGGAUCCACAGAGCUGGAGAACAUGGGCCGCGUGGUGCAGGUCCUCCGACUCCUCAGGUCGCUCCGUAUGUUGAAGCUGGGACGACACUCGACAGGCCUCAAGUCUCUGGGUUUGACCAUCGCUGAGUGCUACGAGGAGGUCGGCCUCCUGCUCCUCUUCCUCGGUGUCGGCAUCUCCAUCUUCGCCGCGGUGGUUUUCUCUCUGGAGCGCGACCUUCCCGCCACCACCUUCACCAGCGUGCCGGCCGCUUGGUGGUGGGCGACCACCUCCAUGACCACGGUCGGCUACGGAGACAUCCGGCCCGACACCGUCGUGGGGAAGGUGCUGGCCUUCCUCUGCAUUCUGUCCGGGAUCCUGAUCCUGUCGCUCCCCAUCGCCAUCAUCAACGAGCGCUUCUCCGCCUGCUACUUCACCCUGAAGAUGAAGGAAGCGGCGACGCGGCACGGUGAGAUGCUGAAGAGGCUGGCCCGCGGCUCGGUGGGGUGGGCGGGUGAGGGAGGAGGGGGAGGAGGCGUCAACCUGAGGGACGCCUACGCCCGGAACGUCCUGGAGAUGUUGAAGCUGCAUGGGCAGGACCGGGCGAGCACCCGGAGCAGCGGAGGAGAAGACCUGUGGUGGUAGAACCAGGAGACCGGUCCACGCCUGAUGGUUAAAGUGACCGCCCUGCAAGUUACAGCCCCACAAGAGUGAAAGGUUGGAGGGUUCAUGAGCAAGGCACUGACACUCUCUGUGCUGUGAGGCCCCGAUCACACUGAGACGUGUCGCUAGACACGCGUCGCCUGCAAAAUAUGGUGCGGCGCGCGUGCCGUGCGCUCCUCUCUGGCACAGUGCGUCAUGUUUUUCUAGCGGUUUUUACAAGCUCACGGAAGUUAAAAUUAGGGCUGUCAAAGUUAACACGAUAAUAACGCGUUAAUGCAAAUUAGUUUUAAAGCCUCUAAUUUCUUUAACACAUUAACCCAACUUGCGCUUUUUAGGUUGUAGCGGCUCAGUUUUAAAGCUAGAGUGAAGAUACUGGUAUCAUAUGAAACAUAUAUAAUGACAUAAUGAAACAGGUAUUCAACAGGAUCAAACAUAAUGAAUCCAUUGGUACCAACCAUGUCAUAUUAAAUAACGCUUCAAAAUUUGGCGAGGAAAAAUUGUCAUGGCGAUUUUCAAAGGGGUCCCUUGACCUCUG